AUGGCAUCACCAGUCCACAGAAAUGCAAGUCUCUCAUUUGUGUCUUGCGGGGGGUUUGUGCUGGUGGGAUUUGGGGGAGGUGCAGAGAUCCAGGCCCUGCUCUUUGCUGUCUUCCUGGCCUUGUACAUAGUGACCGUCCUGGGCAACCUCACAAUGAUCAUAGUCAUCACCCUGGAUCCUCGUCUACACUCCCCCAUGUACUUCUUCCUCAAGAACCUGUCCUUUGUUGACCUCUGCCUCUCUUCUAUUAUUGUGCCCAAUGCCCUGGCCAACAUCUUCUCCUCUUCCAAGGCCAUCAGCUUUGCAGGAUGUGCCACUCAGUUCUUCUUUUUCUCCUUGUUGGCUGCCACUGAGGCUGUUCUCUUAGCUGUGAUGGCCUAUGACCGUUUCAUGGCCAUCUGUAAUCCCCUGAGGUACCCUGUGACCAUGUGCUCUAUGACCUGUGCCCGUCUGGUUCUGGGUACCUUCUGUGUGGGCUGCCUGAACUCCAUCGUGCAGACCAGCCUCACAUUCCAGCUGCCCUUCUGUAGUUCCAACCGCAUCGACUACUACUUUUGUGACGUGCCCCCACUGCUCCGGCUGGCCUGUGCAGACACAGCUCUCAACGAGCUUGUCAUGUUUGGCAUCUGUGGGUUCAUUAUUGUCUGUGCUGUUCUUGUGGUCAUCAUCUCCUAUGGCUACAUCACAGUGACCAUCCUCAGAAUGCACUCAGCAUCAGGGCAACACAAAGUCUUCUCUACCUGUGGCUCCCACAUGACAGCUGUGUGCUUGUUUUAUGGAACUGGCUUUGUUAUAUAUGGCCAGCCAGGAGGUGUGACAUCCAUGGAGCAGGGCAAGAUGGUGUCCAUCUUCUACACCCUGGUCAUCCCCAUGUUCAACCCCCUCAUCUACAGUCUGCGCAACAAGGAUGUAAAGGCUGCCCUGAGGAGGCUGGGUCAGAGACACAGUCUGGUGAAGGAGAGUGGCUGGUGUCAUCAUCUGAAACUAUGCUAG